AUGUCUCUUUCAGCUGCGACGGCGAUGAUGGGCCGGUGCGUCGUUUUCUGGAAGACUGGUUCUUUGGCAUUAUCGGGGGAGGAGCCGAACUUUUUUAAUGCUCCCAUCUAUCGUGACGCGUUGUGCGUGUAUCAGGAAUCCACGACGGUUUGUCACAGUGAACCCUUGGAAGAACUUUGUCCGAUACUACAAGACGAGCGACUACGACCCCAUCAACCUCAUCACAUUCGGCUUUUGUUUGGUGGACUGUGCAUUCUCCCGGCUGUUUCGCCAGCCAAUCCGGAGUAUUGCGCAGUGUUCGAGCAGAUUGCCCACAUUCCGAGAAUUUCCGUCGGUCUAGGCUACCGUUUCAACAGUUGCUGGGUGCCGGCCUUGGAAGUGGCCACACUAGUCCUCGAAGCCGCUUUGGUUACGUAUCGUCCCAUCGGAAGGAAAGUGCGUAUCACGACGAUUGGAAUCGAAAACUGGCUUGAACAUGAUCAACAGCCCGCUGAAUACCGUCUCACCGAUGCACUGCGAGAUUUGCUUGAAAACAGCGUCAGCGCCGAGGACCAAGUGGCGUUCUAUCGCAGAACUAAGUUACUUACCGGUCUUCUACGCCCGCCUGGCAAGGCCAUUAUCGACAAAGUCGAAAUUGUUCUCGCACAAAAUUGCGAGCACGGCAACGUAGAGCUUCGACGAGAGAAGAAGUCGCUGGAUAGGUACGAGUGCCUCGAGAAAUGGCCGAAAGAAGAAGAAACCGGGAUUUCACCA